UAUCUGCGAGCGGUUGGCCUAUUCGUUAACUCUGCACGAAGGUAACACGUUCACUGCUGGAAGUCUUUCGAUCUCGUCCUGCUCGCCCGUGACACCAAAUUAAAACUGCUGCGGAUCAAUGAACUUCCUCACUUGGGAAGGGAGUAAGAAUGAAGCCGCAGCGACAGAAACGCAGGAAAGAAACACAACCUCUGAGUUCCAUACAGUCCUCCCUGGCAUAUCCGGAUUCUGAAGGCGACAAGGUGUCUUAUGUCGGAAAUGUCACAAACCCUUUAAAUCAAAUUGCACCAGUCAGUUUUCCCAGCAUGCCUCACUGUGCCAUCCCUGACAAAGCAUAUAAUGUAGACCAGUGUGCCAUCUCUGACCUGGACAGACUGGACACUUUGGAGGACUAUGAGCUGCUUGGCGAUGACUUGGACAAUUUGCUAGACUGCAUCCCUAAUGAACACGUACCACCUAAGCUCUCCCCAGCCUUCUUUAUCUCAUCCAUUACUCAAUUUAUCUCCAUGAACUCCCUUUCACUUGGCGGUGACAACUCACUGGAUGCCCAGGAUGACUUCUCAUCUCCACAGGGACUGCAUUCCUUAGAUAACCUCCCUGGAAGCGCAGAUGGUCCAAGUUUGAAGUCAACAAUGCUAGAUUCCUUGGAUGAUCUCUUGUUGGCGACUCCAUGCGCUGUAGCUGUAGAAGCCAACCAGUCCAAAACAGAACCGAAAGAACUUGAAAAGUCAAUUGAUGAUUUGCUUGAUGAGUGGACACCUGUAGGGCGAACCUGUGACCCAUCUGCUCAACUUCGUUCUGUGUCGGGUGUGAACCAGCUGAAUUCCCUGGAUUCCUUGGACUCAUUUCCUUCAAUGGAGGGUGGGGGGCCUUCUUUGCCUGCACUCCCACAGAAAGGAACGGGCCUGGACUCACUCUGCAAUUUCAGCUCCUCUGCUGUCACAACGUCUCACAGUGCCAUUACUUUAAAAAAGCAAUUCCCAAAGUCCAACGACAAACAGUGGCAUACACAAACUCCAGUAUCAAACCCUCUGUCUGCCACCCAUGACUUCAUGCAGGCCUGUACUAGUUGCUUCCCUCGCCAAGGUCAAGGGAUAUACACUUCUGUUCACAAACCAGACCUGGCCCACAACUGUAAGCGAGACAUUCUCUUGUGUAAACGAAAGGCAGCGCUUCCUUCAGAGUGGACCAUAGUGCGAGAGCCACCUACAUGGACAUCCUUCAGCGCGCCAUUUGUUCUUUGCAGAGAGCUGUCUGGAGAUUUGGGCCUCUGUAAAUUUGGGGAAAAGUGCACAUUUGCCUUUAACCAAUUGGAAAUCGACGUUUGGACAGAGGAGAGGAAGGGGACGCUGGACAGAAAUCUGCUCUUUGGACCGCCAGGUGUCACCAAUGUAGACCCUGCGAACAGCAUUAUACGCCUUCUACAGGAACACAAGGGCAUGUUCAUAUUCCUCUGUCAGGAGUGCUAUGACAGUAAACCUCGGUUCAUCAGUAAGCGCUGCAGUGAGGAUCCCACAGUGUGUUCUAACUUGAAUGUUCCCCACUCCUUUGAUGCCAACAAGUGUUUAGCAUUUGUAAUGACGACCACCAACAUUAACUACAGAAAAGUGCGUCCACUCAGCAUGCGGGCCCACUUUGAAUUGUGCAGCCAAGCCAUUCGCGAUGGAUGCCGAGGGGAGUACAGCUGCCAGAAGGCUCACUCAGUCAUUGAGCUACAAACCUGGAGGGUGCAGUGGGACAAAGGUAUCAGUCCUGAUGAGAUUGUUAAAGUCUCAACAAAAUAUUAUGAGAAAGAGGAGCAGAAUGCAAGGAAAAGGACCUCAAGUAAAGAUCAUGCUGCUGCAAAUGGUAGGGGCACACCAAAAGGCAAGAGUUUAAACAUGAAGAUGCAGUUUGUCUGUGCUCAGUGCUGGCAAGGCAACUCCAUCAGUAUGCCGAACAAAGCUCUUACGUUUUGCAGUACCAAGCACGCGUGGAGAAAAACGCAAAGCACACUGUUGGUGAAGUCCUUGGAGAAGAGUAACUGGGUUCCUGUCAGACCGCUUCCACAUAAAAAAAACUUCCCCACACAUUAUGAAUUGUGUACCCGGAUGUUGGAGAAAAAGUGUUACUACAGUGGAAACUGCCCCUUUGCACACAGCGAAGAGGAAAAGGAAAUGUGGAUGUACAUGAAGAAUCAAGGCGUCUAUGAGAUGGAGCAGAUGUACAACAUGUGGCUGACAUUAAGCACAAAUAGUCGCCAAGCAGACGGACCCAUGCUCACCCAGUCCAUCCCAGAAGAAAAAGACAUUGUCAUGCCAACAGACAACGCUGAACCAAUGUGUAGCUUCUACUGUUAUCUGUGUGGGAGGCACAGUAACGGCGAGCGACAGUGGCAGCAACACAUCUCAGCCAACAAGCACAAGGAGCGCCUGUUCAGUUGUGAGGGAGAAGAUGAGGCUUUGAAGUGGAGCUACCGCUUCCCUGGUACAUCCUUGGAGCUCUGCACCAAGUUAGAAACUGGCUGCGCUGAUGGUGCAAGCUGUGACUUCGCCCACAGUUCCGAGGAGUUGCAGGAGUGGAUUGAGAGACGGGAUUUCCUGCGUUGCAAAUUGGCCAAAGCGAGGGAAGACAACCUCAUCAUGCCUGAUGAGGUUGACUUUGGAAAGUACAACUUUAUACUUCAAGACUAAGAACUGCAAAAGAACCACUUGAUCCAAUUUUUGUCUGACAUCAUAGUUUUUUUAUUAUUUACUUGCUUUUGGUAGCACUUAUUCUAUAGUGGUAUAUGCUGCUGUCUUUCGUCUUCACUACACAGAUUUCAUUCCAAUGCCAACGGCGGUCCCAAGCCCGGAUAAAAAAUUUGUGGGUUGUGUCAACAAGGGCAUUUGCUUAUUUAAAAAAAAUAAUAAAGAAAUAAAUAAAAAGCCAACUGCUAACAACAACUUGCUUUGAGAAAAUGGCGGCUAUUUUAUUUCUGAUUUCUGUUGUAGUUUCAUCUAUUGCUCACAUAAUCUGCUUUAAAAACGGGAACAAUGGCAUUUAGACUUUGAUGGAAAAAUUUUAUAUAUUAUUGCAUAAAAAUACAGUGUUGCUGUAACUGCAUUAAGAUGAUAGCACCCUUGUUCACUAGAAACGAGUAGUUUGGAAAAGUACUACAAUGAACAUGCCACAAGGCAAUAAACCCCCACACCUCCAUUCAGAGACCACAUCCUGGUCAUAAAAUGUGAUACCACCUACUCAAGCUUCAUAAAAAGGGCAGAGGGGAGGCAAAUGAUAGAAGAGUCCUGCUCGCUGAGAGAGCGACUGUUUCUCCUCUUGCCGCAAGAGAAAAGUCCUGGCUCAAGUUGUGUUUUGUCUCUUUUGUUUUUUUCCGGUGCAUGCUAAAUUGAGAAUAUCUGUAGAUUUACAGAUUAACUCUGACAGCCUCACAUUCAUGCAAACCACUGUCAUAUAUGUCCUUCAUAAGCACAACCUCUAUUCACAGAUGCUUAUCCCAUGCAGACAAUAUCAUAAACAUAGUCAAGACUAAUAUUGUCGUAAAUGGUUUUAUCUCAACAUGCAGCACAAAUAAAAAUGUUUGGUUCACGUCUGUAUUAUGGCUAUAAAGUUUGAUUACAUGA